AUGCAUAUUAAACGGGUGGUUAUCAAGGGUUUCAAAACCUAUCGUAACGAGACGAUCAUCGAUGACUUUUCGCCACACCAUAAUAUUGUAAUAGGUUCCAAUGGGUCAGGUAAGUCCAACUUCUUUGCUGCUAUUCGGUUUGUCUUAAGUGAUGACUACUCUAAUUUGAAAAGAGAAGAAAGGCAAGGCCUUAUUCACCAAGGCUCCGGCUCUGUUAUGAGUGCCUCGGUAGAGAUAGUGUUCCAUGAUCCGGACCAUCGGAUCAUGUUACCUUCAGGAGUAGCAGCUAGGCCAGAUGACGAGAUUCUGGUUAGAAGGACAGUUGGUUUGAAGAAAGAUGAUUAUCAGCUGAAUGAUAGAAACGUUACCAAGGGGGACGUGGUCCGAAUGCUUGAAAGCGCAGGGUUUUCGAUGAGCAAUCCAUAUAACAUUGUACCUCAGGGUCGUAUAAUCGCACUGACCAAUGCAAAAGACAAAGAGAGGUUACAAUUGCUCGAAGAUGUCGUUGGGGCUAAAUCCUUCGAGGUGAAAUUGCAUGCCUCUUUGAAGAAGAUGGAACAGACUGAGCAGAAGAGGUCUCAGAUAGCAGCCGAGAUGAAGGAGUUGAAUGAGAAAUUGGACGAAAUGGAAGAGGAGAAAAAAGAACUGGAGAAGUUCAAUAGUUUAGAGCGCAAUCGGAAAGUUUUCCAGUUUACAUUGUAUGACCGUGAGCUUAAUGAUGUGAUUAACCAGAUUGAAAAGAUGGAUGACGAGUAUGGUGAUACACUGCAGUCCUCGCGUGAAUAUAUCAAAGAGUUGGAUAAGCGAGAAGAAAUGGUUGCAGAGACUAGUAAGAAGUUGCGAGACUUGGAAUCCUUGAUAAAGAUUAAAGAAACGGCCGAGUUGACAGAGGUUAAGGCCAAGGAUAAUGAACUGUCAAAUGAGCUUGCCAGUUUAACUGUGAAAAUUAAAGACCUAAAGAGACAAAUCGAUAGUUAUGAUGAACAAACUGUCGUGGAUGAGAAUAAUCUGAAUAUCAUAAAUAAAGCCAUUGAGUCCAAACAGGCUCAGUUAUCCACUAUUAAUCCUAGGUUCGAAGCCCUCAGCAAAGAUGAAAUUCUUUACAAAGUGCAACUAGCAGAGCUACAGGAGAAACAAAGAGAAUUACUGCUUAUGAAAGGAAAGUAUGCCCAUUUCAAGACGAGGGAAGAGAGAAAUCAAUGGAUCGAGGAAGAGCAGCAUAACUUAGAGCAAAGCCUUCGAAAAUUGGAGCAAUCAAGGGACCAGGUUUCCGAAGAGCGUGAAAUAUCUAUUAAAAACAUAGGUAUAAUCGAUGAAGAGAUUCAGGAGCUGGAAGAUUCGGUACGAGGACCAGGAGUACUGGCAGAAUUGGAUGACAUCGAUAGAGAGCUAAAAAAUUGCAAGACUAGAUACGCCGAAAAGCUUGAUGAGCGAAAAGAACUUUGGAGAUCGGAGCAAAAAUUGCAAACCAUCUCAGAAACGCUACUGGACGCAGUCAAGAACUCUGAAAGGAAUGUGAAUGAAACUAUGGCACGCAGUCUCGCUAGUGGUAUUGCCAGCGUUAAAGAGAUAGCAGAUAAACUGAAGUUGCCUGAGGACUCUGUCUUUGGUACUCUGGGAGAGCUGAUAAAGGUUAGUGACAAGUAUAAGUUGUGUGCAGAAGUUGUUGGCGGUAACUCACUUUUUCAUAUCGUGGUUGACACCGAUGAAACAGCAUCCGUCAUUAUGAAGGAGCUCUAUCGUAUGCGCGGUGGAAGAGUAACUUUCAUGCCAUUGAACCGAAUUUUUAAUGAUCCAAAUAUAAGUUAUCCCCCCAACACUCAGGCUUCUUGCACGCCACUGAUCAAAAAGAUCAAGUUCGAUGCCCAAUUUGAAAGCGCUGUCAAGAAUGUAUUUGGUAAAACCAUUGUCGUUCGGGAUCUAUCAACCGGGGCCAAAAUCGCCAAAAGCUAUAAACUCGAUGCGAUAACCUUGGAUGGUGAUAGGGCCGAUAAGAGAGGCCUGUUGACUGGUGGAUAUCAUGAUUAUCACAAGAGGACAAGGUUAGAUUCAUUGGCCGAACUGAAAACCGCCAGGACCCAGCACAAACGAACGUGCAAAGAACUCGAUCAGAUUAGAGAAAAGCUUCACUCGGUUGACGCAGAAAUCGAUGCGUUGAAUGGUUCGAUUAGGCAAGCCACUCAGAAAAGAGAAACUAUUCUGACCAAUGUAGAAGGGUUCCGUGCAAAAUUGAAUAACAAAAGAAGUGAGAAACUGUUUUUAGAGGAUACGCUCAAAUCGCUGGCGGCUAAAUUUGAAAAGGCCAAUAUUAACAUUAAAGCUGCUCAAGAGAAAAUACAGUCUUAUAGUCAGGACUUGGCCUCAACGUUCGAGAACCAAAUUUCUCCACAAAAGCAGAUGGAACUGCAGACGUUGGAGUCCAGCCUUCGGGAAGUACAAGCUAAACUCAACACAACCACUGAGGCAUUGCACGGUAUUACAACACAAAGGGAUUCGUUGUCAGCAGAAUUGAACGCCAAAUUGCUCCCUCAGAGAUCAGAGCUGGAGACUAAGAUGCGCCGUGGGGGUGAUCCUAUAGUUAGAGAACUGAAGAACGACCUGCAGAUGAUGAUUGAUGAGAGAAACGCCCUGCAGAGUGAAAAAGCACAGACCGCUAAAGAGAUAGCGCGUCUGCAAUCUGAGCUGGACUCCCUCCGGGAAGAGAGAGCAACUAAUCAGAGACAUUUGGAGAAAGCUAACAGCCAACAGGCUUCAUUACUGAAGAAAUUGCAGUCCUUCCAAAAGGAUGCCGAAAAGGCUAUGGUAAAAAAGACGACACUCAUUUCUAGGCGUGAGGAGCUUCAACUGAAAAUUAGAGAAGUUGGGUUACUAGCUGAAGACACACUGAACAGAUUUAGCAGUUUAUCAAGUGAAGAGCUUCUUAGUCGCUUGAACGAUGUUAGUGAAAACAUGUCGGGUUUGAAAAAUGUCAAUAAAAAUGCUUUCGAAAACUUCAAGAAGUUUCAUGAUAAAAGAGUAGAUUUAGAAGAUCGUGCCAAGGAACUCGAAGACUCUAAGCUUUCUAUUCAAAAUCUGAUCAUAAAGUUAAAGCAGCAAAAAGUUGCAGCUGUUGAUGCAACGUUCAAAAAAGUCUCUGAAAACUUCAGCGCCGUAUUCGAGCAAUUAGUUCCAAGAGGUAAGGCUAAAUUGAUCAUCCACCGCGAAUCGAACUCUGCUAAUGAUGAUGAUUCCGCAGACCGUGAUAUUGACAUGGAAGCAAGCGAUGAAGAUUCUCAAACUAGCUCAGUAUACACAGGUGUCUCGAUUUCGGUUUCUUUCAAUUCCAAGAAGAAUGAGCAGCUUCAUGUUGAGCAGCUCUCUGGUGGACAGAAAACCGUGUGCGCCGUAGCUUUGAUCCUAGCCAUCCAAAUGGUGGAUCCAGCACCAUUUUAUUUGUUCGACGAGAUAGAUGCGGCCCUUGACAAGCAGUACCGGGCAGCUGUUGCAAAUAUAAUAAAGACCUUAUCAUCGAAGGCCCAAUUUAUCUGCACGACCUUCAGGACUGAUAUGCUACAGGUAGCAGAUAAGUUCUUUCAAGUGAAAUAUCAAAACAAAAUAUCUACGGUGGUUGAAGUUGACCGUCAAGAGGCGAUCAACUUUAUCAGAGGUCGCGGGAGGCUUGCUGAAGUGUAG